ACACGCGAAUAAACGUGUGUAUUCGUAGGUCACAAUGAUAAGAACUGGUAAGGGUCAAUCUUUAACUUGCAUGAAGUCAGUUUACUUUUGAACGACUACGAUCAACUGCAUCAUGCGAUUCACGGAUCCUAAUUUUAUAUCAAGACUAGAGCAAGGAAUAGGAAGAACGCUAUUCAUACUCCUAUUUUUAAGCAAUGGAAAUGUCGCGCAGAGUUUAUUUAGAUCCGGUAAAGAAUAUACAUAUUCUUACAACGCAACGUCGAGUACUGGAGUGUUGGUGCCCUACAAUGCAGCUUCCUCGUGGAACCUCAACGGCGAGCUCGUGAUACAGGCGGAAGAUGACUUUGUCACAAUACAGCUGCAAUCGUUGAAGAUGAGAAUGUGGAAUGGGAAUGCAAACGAGCUGAGCGAAAAUAUUGAUAUUCACGAUAAUGCUGCAGAACUUUUGAAGCCUUUCCGAGUAUCGUACAACAAAGGACUUAUCGAGAACUUUAGCGUCGAAACGGAAGAGAUAUGGGCGACGAAUAUAAAACGUAGUAUAGUUGGAAUUUUACAAUUGGAUCUUCUUAAUUUGGAGAAGGAAGUUGCGUUUCAUUCUAGUGAGAUUAACCAUUAUGGAAGGUGUAAUAUCGAUUAUGUUGUAAGUCCGGAAGGAGUUACUCAGCGUUUGAUUAGGAAAUCGUUCGAUCCUCGGAUGUGUACUGGACAUCCGUCUUAUAGUUGGUCCAAUGUUCCUAAAAUACAGUGUACUGAUGAAGAUCAGAAUCCUGUCCUGAAAGGUAGCGAAAGAAUAUAUAAAUUGAAAACCGAUGGACACAUUCACGAUGUUCUUUUCGUUAACACAGUCGGGAAUAUCUAUGUACAACCCUUUCAAAGUAUGGGAGAGGCGCAUUAUCAUUUGGUUCAGCAAACUAUUGAAUUAUCUUCAGUGAAAAAUAUAACGAAUAAGAUAGCUACGAAUAAUUUACAAAGUACUGUUCUUCAACAUGAGCUACCUGAAGCAGAUCUCACACAAGGCAGAAGUACUCCGGAGAAAAGUUUUAUUUUUAAAUCUAUAAGUCGAUUAUUGGAUCGUUUGAGUCAAAGGCUCGAAAAUCCCGGUUUGGAUACCGAGAUCCAUAAUCUACACAAUACAACGAUAUCCGUACUUAUCUAUUAUCUCGAUAUGUUAGAUCGCGUUGAUUUGGAAAAAGCCUAUAAUCGCAUUUCGGGAACUAGCUAUAAAGAGGAAACGCUACGGAAUAUGUUUCUCGAGAUACUGCCGCACAUUGGGAGUAAAGAAUCCGCUCUCUUCAUACUAGACCUUAUUCAGGGGAAUAAGGUAUCCGAUAUAUCCGCGAUUCAGCUUCUCAUGCGGUUACCAUUUCACUUGAGAAGACCGGACGCCGAAUUGCUAGACAAUCUACGACCACUUCUUACGUUGCCGAGCAAGAUCUCCGCGGAAGUUCAAAACACCGCGAUCCUUACAUACGGAACGCUGAUAUACAAAACCUGUUUGAAGCCUUGUUCGUACGACGUUUUGGAUUUGUACGUGCGUUUUUAUCUCGACAAAUUCACAGAAAGUACUCGAUACGAGCAAAAGAUGGUCUGGCUGCAAGGCUUGGCGAAUAUACAGCUUGGUAAAGUCGUUAAGUUUCUAGAGCCAAUAGCUAGUGGUAGCAAUAUCGAAUUGCGGCAUUUUCGGGCACUUGCAGCUUGGGCCUCUAUUUCUACAGCACCGUUGAGACCUGACGUGAUUUAUCCUGUGUAUUGGCCGAUUUUGGUCAACAGAACCGAGCAUUUGGAGAUAAGAAUCGCUGCAUUAACUUUGCUCAUUGUAUCCAAUCCUACACCUAAUAGAUUAAUAUCUCUGUACUGGCACAUGCAAAAUGAGCCUGACCAGCACUUGUACAAUUAUUUUUAUACAAUGUUAAAAUCUAUGGAACAUACCACGGAUCCUUGUUACAAGCGCAUAAGCAGAAUCGCGGCGCAAUUCAGCCGCAUCCUUCGAAAACCUAAUAACGAGUAUCUUAUUACCGGUAACUAUUUGAUUGAUUAUCAAGAUUCGGUGAGAAGAUUUGGCGCCAUGUUACAGGGUAUUAUUGUAGCCAAUCCUUCUACGAAUAUUCCUGAAGUAAUUUACAUAACUCUAAAUAAUUAUGCCAGUGGAACGCAGAUUAACCAAUUAUCUUUAUACAUCAAAGCGGAAGGCGUUUUCCACUCAUUGGCGGCAAAUUCCUUCGACAAUCCUGCAAACAUAAAAGAUAUUCUCACACAGUUCAAAUUGGAUGAACGGAGGAAAAAUCCCGCGCAUUUGGAAAUAAUUGCGCGUAUUCAAGAAAAAACAGUGAUGUGCAUUUACUGGAAUGAGACGAAGAUAGUUGAGGGAUUGAAGUAUUUUUCUUCUUUAUGGAAUGAUAUUUAUUAUCUGUAUUAUAAUAUGGAAUUCCAUAUCAAUCAACAACGUAUAAAUGUGCCAUUGAAAAUAGAAUCGAUACAAGUGACCGAUCUUGGUACCAACGUUAGACUCGCGAUGAUGGCAACGACUUUGUUUUCAAUGAGAGGAAAUUUUACCCGCGAUUUUCCUACACGAAAUAAUCACGUUAUUUUACGUACAUCUGUUCACAGUAUCGAAGCGAUAGAGAAUUACAAUCCGUUGGCUGAUUUGUGGCAUAGUGCUGAAAGGCUUCAGUCGUUACAUGGAUAUUUUCCUUUUAAUAUUACAAUUGGAUUAGAAGAACGACCAUAUAUUUCAUACAAUACUUUAGGAGAACAUAUUAAGACAGGAAUUACAGCACACGUUAAAACAGUUACAAGCAUUAGAGGUGCGAAUGUUAAAUCAAAGUUGGAACGAACUUGUCGUUUGUGUCCUGUAUCGUAUACGGUGAAAUCGCCUAAUUCUAAUUUACAAACAAUGAAUAUUCUCAACGUUGAACUUCCUGAAUUAGGUGGUCGGCUAAAAGCGAAAAUAUUUGAUUGCGAAAAAAUAAUGAUGCACGAAACUAAUGAUGCACUGAUUAAUGUUAUUUUGUCUUCUCAUCAAAGUAAUUAUCAAACCUGGCCAAGUACGAAAUUUGUUUUACUCGGACUACACUUGUUGGAUUACCUCACUUACAUGCCACCAAGUGGUAGCUGUGGAUUAGCUGCUUAUAUCGAGACAGUUAAAUCAACACCAUCACAGAUAAAAUUAGAAUACGCGAAAAAUGAAGAUCGCCACAUUUUAUCCUUAACACACCACGACUUGCAAUCUUUGCAAGUUUUUCAUCAAUGGUUCUUGGUUGCGUUAUAUGAAAACACUGGCUGGCUAUCAGAUGUGAUUAAACUAAAAAUGCACAAGAUCGUACCUGGUGCACCCAUAUUUAAAAUCUGUGUAGAGAUGGAGAGACACGUGCCAUGGCAAUGGGAGUUCUUGAGCGAUGAACCGAGCGACUCAUAUAGUGUUAAAUUAAAUAUCGUCUGGGGAUUGUCCGAUUCUGCAAAAGGAAAAUGUAACGGAUCUUCUAUAUUGAUAAAUUUCAUUGGUGAAAUUAGUGACAAGCAGCUGGAGGAAAGCAAACAGGAGAACUGGCCUUAUAGCGAAUGUAAGAAAGAAUCUAGUGGGAAAAAAUAUAUUCCUUAUACAAAAUCUUGUUACGAAGCGUCGAAAGAAUUGUCGACCUUACGGAGAUAUACGAUCUUGUCGCGAUAUGAAAAUUUACCAGAGAGUUUGUCCAAGUUAGUUUGGAAAAUGUAUGCCUUCCAUGAUCUGAUCGGGGGAAAUAGCAGUAAUGCGAGGAAAUCCGAUGAAGUUGCGAUAACUGCAAUAUUACCAAAAGAAUCAAAUGUUGGCGAACUGCAACUCAACAGAGAUAAAGUUGCCAUCGAAUAUAAUUCGCACUAUAUCGAGCCUUUUCUUAAACGAACGAGAAUUCAUAAGUAUAUGGAAAUGCUUCUUGUUAAAAUGUUUUCUAGCACAUGUGUUAUAACGCCAGAUUCCAUAAAAUCCGCAUAUAACGUGGAUUAUACCUUCGUUAAGAAUAACGAAGUGAUAUUACUUGGACAAUGUUAUGACGAGAAACCUAGACUCGCGUUAACCGCAGCCAAUGGUAUACAUGGAAUCAACAUUAAUUUGACUGAUGAGUCGGGAACUACACGGAUUGUAGCCGAUAUGGAUAGGGGAAUCCUAUAUAAUCCUACAUUAUCUAUAAAACUACCAUCUGAUCAUGUAUUUCAUACAUUAGGAACUAAAAUGAUCAAAAUAAGCGACAAGGCGAUUGAUAUUCUGCUACCUAAUAUUUUGCUGUACAUACAUUGGACGCGAGAGCAAAUUUUACUUUUUUUCCCCAAUCAUGUGCUGGACUUCAGUUGUGGAAUAUGCACACUUGACCAUUCCAGUGUUGACGGAUUAUAUGAAAAAUUGAUUUAAUUUACAAAAUAUGGUGCACAUAUAUUACAAGUAUGGUAUAUAUAUGUAUAAAAUGAGACACAUUGAUUAUUUUUAUUAAUAUUUGAUGUUAAUAUCUCUAGAAAAUCAGAUGUUAAAAUAUCGCGAAAUAAAAUAUAAUAGUUGUUUA